UCGAUGCUAUUGGUCUGCUGUUUUGGUUCGACAGCAGUUCUUAAAGCGACGCUGGGCCUUUAUACCGAAGACGCAAUCAACUAUAGCGUGGAGACAAAUUAUUUAGAAUGGGAGACACCUUUCCCCGCAGUUACGAUUUGCGAGGCCAACGACCCCGGCGAUAGAAUUAAAGAGUAUUUGAAUGUGACCGGUCUAACGCAAAAAUAUUCAGCUUUCUUAAAAGACGUAUUGUACUGGAAUUCGAAGCACUGUUCAAAGUGUGUGAACUGCAAAAUGAAUCUGACCUGCAUCCCUAACUACUUGGAGCUGAUCGACAAGAUCAGGUGGAAUUGCACUCAGAUGCUCACUGAUUGCUGGUGGGCCGAUGAGUACUUCUCUUGCUGCGAUCGGUUUCGUCCGACGAGGACUGAAUACGGAUUGUGUUACGUGUUCAAUUCGAAACUGACAAACGAAGGGAAAGUAAUAACUGUCAAUCGACGUAUCGGCCUUCCAAGCCUAUUGUUUUCCGCCGCGAAACCCGUCAUCAUUAAAAUUCAUUCGCCAGACGACAUGGUGUCCGUGGCUUUAGAAAACGCGUUGAGCAGCUGCACGUCUUUACCUCUAGUCAAUGAUUUUGAAGCUAGUUUGAGGGUAGAACAAACAAUAACAGACGUUGCAGUCCAAUCGAUAUCUCCAGUAAGUCGAGAUUGUCUGUUCAGCCACGAGGUACCCUCUUUCGCCCAACAUUGGCCAUUCAAGAAGUAUUCAUACAGCGCUUGUGUUCUAUACUGUAGGGCCAAAGCUCAAACGGAUGUUUGUAACUGCACUCAUCAUUACAUGCCCAAUAUUGGUGAUUUCCCAACUUGUAAUAUCAGCGGUCUGGCUUGUCUCCAUCUCAAUAGUGAUUCAUUAAUUGUUGAAGGAAGCGAAUGUCCUAUGGAAUGUGACAACGUUGUUUACACCACAAUCCAGACAUCAUGUUUUCGUCAUACGGGGAAACUGCAUCCGAGCUUGGUACACCGUGGCACGCGAGGAUCUGUGAAGCUUGGACAACUGCCCACGUUGAGAGUCCGAAGACACGCUAUCAGAGAUAUGUUGGGUCUUGUUGUUGACUUUGGAGGUGUGGUUGGCGUUUUCUUUGGUGCUUCACUUCUCAGUGUACUCGAAAUCGUUUACUUGCUCUGUAUCCGGGGGGAGCGAUAGGUACAACGGGAAGUUAACUUUCGAGGCUUAUUGGUUCUUAGGAGUUGGGCCAACAAAUAACUGUAAUGAGACAUUCUGCGCGUUGCCGUGUGAGGGCGCCGGACCACCUGAGGAAUGUCCCUCAAACAUGC